CUCAACCCUCCUCCUGAAACCCUGCAGUGCCAGCAUGAAUUCCUACAAGACACUGUGGGAUCCCCAAGAGUACCCUCAUACGCGUCGUUCAGACCAUGUCGACAUUUAUAAAAGCGAGAAACACGGUGAAGUGAAGGUCACGGACCCUUACAACUGGCUGGAAAAACAUGGUGCAGAGACGGAUGCCUGGACCACAGCCCAGGCAGAAUUUACUCGGAAGUUUCUGGACCAGAAUCCUCACCGCAACGACCUAGAACAUCAGCUGCGGGAGAACUUUGACUAUGAGAAGUUCUCACGACCAGUCCUCAAGAAAGACGGUCACUGGUACUGGUCAUACAAUAGCGGCCUGCAAGCUCAAUUCGUCUAUUAUCGAUCCAAGGACGCCACUCUCCCACUGGUAUCCAGCCAAUCAGGCCCCGAACAAGGGGCAGAUAUUUACUUUGACCAAAACUUAAUUACGGAUGAUGGUACUGGGGCAUUGGCCACGACGGCAUUCUCCGAGUGUGGUCAAUAUUUCGCCUACGGGAUUUCUCUGUCGGGAAGUGAUUUCUGCACGAUAUACAUCCGGCGUACAACCGCGCCUUUCGUGGACAAGACGCAGCGGGAACUUUCCUCAGACCCGGGUCGUUUCUCUGACGAGCUUCGCUUUGUCAAGUUCUCGUCCAUUGUAUGGACAAAAGACUCCAAGGGCUUCUUUUAUCAGCGCAUGCCUGCGCGUUCGUCUCAUGGAGAGGCGGGAGAAGACAAAGCUGGAACAGAGACAGACAAAGAUGAAAAUGCUAUGCUCAUGUACCACAGUGUUGGUACCGCACAAUCCGAGGAUAUCCUCGUCCUGAAAGAUGCGGAGCAUCCUCACUGGAUGUGGGGGCCGCAGGUCACUCUCGACGGAAAGUAUCUCGCCGUGUAUAUCUCGAAGGAUACGUCAAGGAAACAUCUCCUUUGGAUAACCGACCUGACGAAAAAUGAGAUCGGUCAGAACAUGAAAUGGACCAAAGUGAUCGAUGAGUUUGACGCCUCAUACAAUGUAAUUGGUAAUGAUGACUCGAAGUUCUACUUUAUGAGCAACAAAGACGCUCCAAGGUACAAGGUCAUUACGAUUGACAUAUCCGACGCGAACCUUACUCGCAACGAACUCGUUCCCGAGGACAAGGAGGCCAAGCUUGAAAGCGCCAAUCUAGUGAACGAAGACGCCUUUGUUUUGGUCUACAAGCGGAAUGUUAAGGACGAGCUAUACCUCCACGAUCUAAGCGGCAAGCGGCUGAAGCGACUUGCGGCGGACUUCGUUGGAAAGAUCGAAAUAUCAUCACGACGAGACCAAAGCUGGUUCUUCGCUACUCUUAGUGGCUUCACUACUCCGUGCACGCUCGCUCGCUACGACUUCAAAGAGCCGAAAGAGGAGGUCCGUUGGAGUGUUUACAGGACCACGAAACUUGAGGGCCUAAAUCCUGAUGAUUUCUCCGCCGAACAAGUGUGGUAUAACAGCACAGAUGGAACACGAAUUCCGAUGUUCAUUGUAAGGCAUAAAUCAACGCCGAAAGAUGGCACUGCCCCAGCCAUUCAAUAUGGCUACGGAGGCUUUACGAUCUCUAUCAACCCCUUCUUCAGCGUCGUUUUCUUGACGUUCUUGCAGCGCUUCCAUGCCGUUCUGGCCGUGCCUAAUAUCCGAGGAGGAGGCGAAUUUGGGGAAGAAUGGCAUCUAGCGGGAACUAAAGAGCGCAAGAUGAACGUUUUCAACGACUUCAUAUCCGCAACUCAAUACCUGAAGAACACCCAAAUCGCCGCUCCAGAUAAAAUCUCCAUCAAUGGAGGUUCCAAUGGCGGUUUGCUGGUCGCCGCCUGUGUGAACAUAGCGGCGGAAGGGACAUUCGGCGCCGCUGUAGCAGAAGUAGGGGUGUUGGACAUGCUGAAGUUCAACAAGUUCACAAUUGGCCGAGCUUGGACCUCCGACUAUGGUAAUCCUGACGAUCCCCACGACUUCGAUUUCAUCUAUCCUUACUCGCCGCUGCACAACGUUCCAAAGAAUACAACCUUACCUCCGACGAUCCUAUUAACAGCUGAUCAUGAUGACCGUGUUGUACCUCUUCACUCGUUUAAGCAUGCAGCGGCACUACAGUACACCCUACCGAAAAACCCGAAUCCCCUUCUCAUCCGAAUCGAGAAGAAAGCUGGGCACGGAGCCGGUAAAAGCACAGAACAGAGGAUCAAAGAGGCCGCGGAUAAACUUGGCUUCAUCGCACAAACUCUCGGCUUGAAGUGGUACGAAGAAUAGAAAGGCCACCGUCCAUAGUACAUUGCUUGGGAAUUCCCCUCCGGAUUGUGCUGGUCUUUUUAAUAGGGUCAUUUGAAAUUACAGUAAUCGAUCAUCCACGGGAAGUCAUCAUUCCCCCUUAAACAAAUAAAGAAUUUCCGAAUUGC